AUGCUUCUCCGCCUUGAUCACGUGUCACAUUUGUACUUGACUUCGCGACUUCCAUACUUGCACUUUCCAUGUUCAACAAAGCACCCCCCUCCUUUUCUCUUGCACAUCAUGUCUUCACCACUCGAUUCCACGCCAGCCAAUAGCGGGAUUUCCCAACAGUCAUGCGACAGUGAAGAAUAUGCCCUUGACAAAGAAAUCUCCCUUGACAAAAUUAAAUCUGCCGACGAGGCAUUGGCGAUAAUCCACGGCAGUGGAUUCUUCAACCAGUCUGUCUACUCGUUUGUUGUCCUUACCUCGGUGGAUUAUGACAUUGCAAUUGAUCUUUUAAAACUUAUCGACGCAAAGUACCCCCGUGUUCGGAAAGGAUUGUUCUCCCAGAGGAAAGUUCUAACACUGAAAAUGCCAAAUUAUACCCACGAAGCCCCGCUUGCGUGGUUUGGCCAACAGCUGACCCGUUGGCACAUCAACGGUCAACUGACACCUGCUGAACAUCUCAACGUUAUGGUAACAGCAAGCCCGCGAGUUACUGCCAGCAACCCUCCAUACACCGGUGAUCAAAAAGAACCCGAUACCUUCAUCUCUUAUUUCGGAAGUCCCAGCUUACAUGAACCAAGGAUCGUUAUUGAGGUUGGCUUCAGUCAGACAUAUUUAAGUCUCGUUGAAGAUGCGAAACUUUGGUUGGAAGGAGUGGGGGCGAGUGUGCGUAAGGUUCUUCUUGUGAAAUUUUUCCAGCGCAGACAAUGUGUUGCUGGAACAAUCGAACUCUGGGGACGAAAUUCUACAGGCAGUGCAUACAUGAUCUGGGGCAACCGAAUUUUCCCGGUUCAUGGGCCGUUUGAACGGCCCAUUUAUCUCACCAAAGACGACCUUCUUAACGGCGCAAUUGCCUCAAGCUCCCAGGGCAGUGAUCGGCUUGAAUUUGACAUUGCUUCCCUCCGAGAGAUCACAACGAAAACGGGUCUCAAUCUCGUUGGACUCACUCCUUUGCCAUGA